AUUACAAAUAUUAUUUCUUUUCUAUUUCUAAAGGGUUGAUAUUUUCUCUUAUUUUCUCCAUAAAAGUUUGGAUCUUCGCCACAGUGUAUCAUUGUCGGUUUUCGAAUCGUUGGUAAAGUAAAUUCUGAGAAGAUUGGAUUCAUCUUCUUAGGCUCUUGAUGCUUUAAUUGAUACCAAAAAGGGCCGCGAGCGGAUUUGAGCUGACUACUUCAACCCGCUUAUGUUUCGGCUUUUCAAAUCAAAGUUUUAUUGAUAAAUAACCUAUCAUUUGUUACUUAUUGGCAGUGAGAGGCAAUGUGGAGGAGGGACUCAGUGAGUUUGUCGUUAAAGCUAUUAGCAAACUCGAAUCAUCACCAUCCUCUACAUUAUCUUCGUAGCUGUGGAUCACUCCCUGUGUUUGCUGUAUCUUCUCGGUGCUCAUCAGCAUCAGCAUCAACAUCGCCUGCUGCUGCUGAUGGAAUUGAUGCUUUCUCCUCCACAGCUGGUGGUCUCUCACCUUUAAAUUCUGCCAUCAGCUUGGCUCGACGCUACACAUCCUGUUAUUGGGAGCUUUCGAAAGCUCGUCUCAGCAUGUUAGUGGUUGCAACUUCUGGAACUGGAUAUGUUCUUGGGAGUGGCAGUGCUGUAGAUCUCGCCGGACUUUGUUGGACCUGUGCUGGUACUAUGAUGGUUGCUGCAUCUGCUAACUCCUUAAAUCAGGUGUUUGAGAUUCAGAAUGACUCAAAAAUGAAAAGGACUAGGCUAAGACCACUGCCUACAGGCCGUCUCACAUUACGUCAUGCUGUGACCUGGGCAUCAUCUGUUGGCCUAGCUGGCACUGUUUUACUGGCAAGCAAGGCUAAUAUGCUGGCAGCCGGGCUUGCAGCAUCCAAUCUUAUUCUGUAUGCAUUUGUCUAUACACCAUUGAAGCAGAUUCACCCAGUCAACACAUGGGUUGGGGCUGUUGUUGGUGCUAUUCCACCACUUUUAGGGUGGGCUGCUGCUUCUGGCCAGGUUUCACUUAACGCAGCGAUUCUUCCCGCUGCACUCUAUUUUUGGCAAAUACCCCACUUCAUGGCCCUUGCAUACAUGUGUCGCAAUGAUUAUGCCGCUGGAGGGUAUAAGAUGCUCUCUCUUACUGAUGCUUCUGGUCAGAGAACUGCGUUGGUGGCUCUUAGGAACUGCCUAUAUCUGGUUCCAUUGGGUUUUUUGGCAUAUGAUUGGGGUGUUACUUCUGGCUGGUUUUGUCUUGAAUCGUCACUCCUGACUCUUGCAAUAAGUGCUUCAGCAUAUUCAUUCUACCGAGAUCCAACAAUGCAAAAGGCUAAGAGGAUGUUUCAUGCUAGUCUUCUGUAUCUUCCUGUAUUUAUGACUGGGCUCAUAAUUCACCGUCGCCAUGAUAACGAACAAGAUCUUGCAGAGGAGACUGAGCUCUCGUCUUCCUUGGAAGCUGUAGAUGACCAAAAGACAAAGGCAAGGCUUAAAAGUGCUCGUCCACCUGUAGCAUAUGCUUCUGUUGCUCCAUUUCCUUUUCUCCCUGCACCUUUAUAUGCUGGUUCAUAGAAUUUUGCUGUUGUAUCACUUCAAUUCAAUAAGGUAGGCCACUGACUGUCGAGUGAUGGCCUUCUCUACCCAGUUUCAUAAGGGAACUUUUUUUGUUCUUGUUUCUUGAUUAUGGGGAUAGCUUGUUUGAUCAGAAUUAUUUUUGUUCUUGUAAAUUGGGUGCACCAGCAAAAUAUUGCAAGUUGGUUCAAUAUGUUAUAUAUAAACAAAAGUUAAAGGAUUCAA